AUGAAAAAAGUAAUAAAUCCACCUUCAUUUUAUUUUCGACCUUCACAUUGUUUGUUAAUUAGUAAUAUUAAUAAAAAUAAUAAAUAUGAUGACUUUUGUCGAAAACUUAUGCAAUAUGGAGUAGUUGUUGAUUUAAUUAAUAAUAUCCAAAAGAAUGGGACAAUUCAAAUUACAUACAAUGAUUUGAGAGAAGCAGAAUGGGCAAAAAAUUGUUUAGAUGGACAAAUAAUCGAUGAAAUGAAUAUUGUUGUUGAAUAUAGUCUUCCUUUAUAUUCAAUUAAUAAUCCUCGUGGAAUAUUAUUAAAUUGUAAUUUAGCAAUUUGUUGCAAAAUGACUCAUCAUAAAAUAGAUUUGAGUUAUUUCAUUAAGUUAUUUCAAAAGUUUGGAGAAAUUUAUAGUAUUUGGGGGUCUUCAAGUGGUAAAAUCUUUUUUGUUGAAUAUUAUAAACUUCAAGAUCAUCUUAAUGCAUUAAAAAAUAUAUCAUCAUAUUCAGAUGAUUCAAUUCAAUUUAAUUGUAAAUCAAUUCAAUAUUCUCCACAUCAAAUUGAUAUAUUAAUGACACCAUUAAAUCAUUAUAAAAUGUUUUCUUCUAAUUUCUUUAGUAAUAAUAAUAAACAAAUAUUAGAUAAAGUUCAAAUAAAUCAACAAUUAUCUCAAAACACUAUUGUAGAUAAAUCAAAAAUUCAAGAAAUAUUGAGACAUAUAAAUGAUGAACUUGCUAAAAAGAAAAUAGAAGAAAAAGAACAUGAAUUAUCUACUACUUCUCCAAAAGAAGUAAUUACUAAUCUUUCAAGAAGAUUAGGACAAAAUUCUAAAGAAAAACAAAAAGAUAAAAUAAUAAAAGAAUAUACUAAACCAAAUAGAAUACAACGAACCCAUUAA